CUUGCGUGGUGACGCAAUGCAACAACUGCGGGUCCCGAUUGCUGCAGCCGCUUGUCAUUGUGAUGAAGAUUGGCACUGAGUUGUGGUGCUGAAACUGGGUGCGCUAGAAAUGCUCAAGUGUUGUCAGCAGCAACAGUAACUAUGAUGACUUCCCCAUCGGUGGCCAUGGAGGAGUUCCAGGAGGCUGAACAGAUGCAAGAGGAGGAGCAUGCAGUGGGAGAAACGAAGGAGCAGUUGGAGGAGGAAGAGGAGAAAGAAGAGGAAGAGAGCGACCCAGUGCCAGCUGAACCACAGACUCCCAUGGAGGCCCAAAAAGCCGCCAUCUACAGACACCCCCUGUUCCCCCUCCUAGCACUGCUCUUUGAGAAGUGUGAACAGUCCACACAAAGCUCGGAGUGUGUGACGUCAGCCAGUUUUGAUGUAGACAUCCAGAACUUUGUCCGGAGUCAAGAGAAAGAGAGCAAGGCCUUCUUCAGUGAAGACCCAGAACUCGACAACCUGAUGGUAAAGGCGAUACAAGUGUUGCGGAUCCACCUGCUGGAGCUUGAGAAGGUGAAUGAUCUGUGUAAAGAUUUCUGCAGCCGCUAUAUUGCCUGCCUGAAGACCAAGAUGAACAGCGAGACUCUGCUGAGCAGCACUGAUCCUGGCAGUCCAUACUCACCCACACAGUGGAGCGAAAUUACGUUCCUCCAGGACCAUGGUGCAACAUGGAACCAAAUAAUACAGUACAGACAAAGUGAAAACACCCCAAGCUCUUUCUCUGGGACUGUAAGUCCUCAGGGUAUUGUAGUACCAGCUUCCGCCCUGCAACAGGGCAACGUUACCGUGACAACGGUCAACCCUACACAGGUAGUGUCAGGUGGUACUGUGUAUCAGCCAGUUACCGUUGUGACUCCAGAAGGCCAGGUGGUCACUCAGGCCCUUUCACCUGGCACGAUACACAUCCAGAACUCACAGCUCCAGCUGCAGCUGAACCAGGAUCUGAGUUUCCUGAGUCAAGAUGAAGGCUCGUCUAAGAGCAAACGAGGCAUUCUGCCUAAACAUGCCACCAGUAUCAUGCGCUCCUGGCUCUUCCAGCAUAUUGGGCACCCGUAUCCCACAGAAGAUGAGAAGAAGCAGAUCGCCCUGCAGACUAACCUCACCCUGCUACAAGUCAACAACUGGUUCAUUAAUGCGCGGAGGCGGAUUCUGCAGCCCAUGCUGGACGCCAGCUCAUCAGACACACCCAAGAGCAAAAAGAAGACGCCACAGACACGCCCACUCCAGCGCUUCUGGCCCGACUCCCUCGCUUCCACUGUCUCCCAGCAACAGGUUGCCAUGGAGGACGGCACCAUGGUAGCAGUUGGCAUGGUAACAGGAGAAGAUGGGCUGCAGACGCUGUCAUCGGACGGAGCGACACUGGCCAUGCAGCAGGUGAUGAUGGGAGGGCACAGCGAGGAUGAUGACGACGACGAUGAAGAUGAAGAGGACAAUCUAUCCCACUCCGACAUGACCAGGCUAGGCCUGGAAACCAGCGACUCACUGUAGGAACAAGAAACUACUCACAUUCACACUCACACAGACACUCUGACAGGGACAUGUUAAAGUAUAUUAUGAACAAGACCGCAAAUGCAAAAAGCGAGGGGGUAGGAGAGAAGUAAAGAGAAAUGAGAGAGAGAGAAGGAGGGCGAGAGACAAUUGCUCAUUGCAGCAUUCAAAUGAAUGGUCAUGGACUGCAUAUCAUACUCAAGUUGUCAAACAGCUUGAUGAAUAAUAAAUUGAAGGCUCAAAGCCAUACACGCCAAAACAUAGUAUACACACACACACACGGACACCUGAAAGGAAAAAAAAAAGCACAAGUGUACUACAUGUCUGGGGUUUCUCUACAUGUCUCGCACAGUGGCGAUAUGCAUCAGUUUCAUUUCAGAAACUUUUUUUUCUGUUUGUUUAUUCAGCAGCACACAGGAAACCUCAUGCACUUUUUGUAUGUUACUGUAAAUGGCCGUGUUGAAAACACAGCAAAAAAAAGGAAAAAAAUGAAAGAAAAAAACAAAAAGAAAACAUAGGUCAAUGCUGGAUGAUUUGGCUUUACUCGUCCUCGUCUUCUUGAGUAUCGAGACAAUGAGAUUACGUCUCUUGCAUGCCUGUGUUUGCAUCGUUUUCAGGCACCAGAGAAGAAGAAAACUAUUUUUAUAUUACACUGUCAAAACAACUUGGUGCCGGUUUUGUGAGUUUUAUCUUUUUUUGGCUCAGUUUCGCUGCAUUUUUGGACAGUUUAUGUUAGCAAUGAGAAAAAAAAAAACACUUUUUGAUAUGAUGGCCCAGUUUUGGGGAAUUUUGAUAACGCUUCAUACCUGAAAUACUCCGAAAGUGGUUUUGCUAUAGUAAUAAGCUCUGAAGUAGAGGGGGGAAAAACAAGGCCUUACAUCUUUCAUGUUUCAUAUCAUAACAUGAGACUGGCCUCAUUUCUGCUUUAAAGGUCCAACAGCACGUCCUCUUCAGUCAUAAUCACCAUGGAAACCACCACACAUAAAAAAGAUCAAUAAUAAAUUAUGUAUGUCCACUUUAAGGUCAGUAUUUGUAAUGUGAGAAGGGAUACUCGUUUUGUUUUGAUGAUUAAAACAUAAUCAUGAGGUGGAUUUUUAGAAGGUUAAACACAUUUCCACCAUGAUUUCUCUGUUUAUCCUAAUUAUUGCACUGGAAAACUGGUAAACAAAGUCAUAAGCUACUAGCUGCCCUUUUAGAGCGUUCUCUGUGCUUUAUCAAGAGUUCACCAACCAUUGCAAUUAAGCCGAGACAUUUAGUGCUCCAAGUAUGUAAAGAUUUUUUGCAUGGGUUUGUGCUUUAUGGCUGUAAAGUAAACAUAAACACUAUUAUUUACAAACAUCAUAUACUUUACAGUAGAACACAUGUAGGCCUACAGACAGUGUGUGAUGUUGCACAAUGUAAACUAUUAAGAAAAAAUGUACAGUCGGCCAGUUUCCGCUUUGAAUCUCACUCCUGGUAUGUACCAUUUCACAUUCAGUAAAACUGUAGCCGAUGUUUUAUUUUUUUCCUCUUUUUCGGACUGUAUUUUUGCCAAAUAUGAAUAUUUCUUUGCAUUUCAAGAUCCGUCCGUUUUUGAAGUAUGAUGUCAUUUGUCAAACUGGAUGAGUUGAUUUCUUUUCAGUUUGUCAUUUUCAAGUGAGGCGCUUCAGAUUUCUCAUCAAACUGGGUUCUUAUUUUCAGCCGUCGUCUUGUGAUGCAGUGGAUGAGGUCAGAUGAUGGCAAGCAUGACCUCAGUUAGCUUUGCAUGGUGGCUUUCCACACGCUGCAUGUUUCCCUUUGAGCUUUAAAGGAAUACUUCACCCGAACAUACUAAUGGAGGCUAAUAUGGCGUAGCUAGCAAUGAAUGAAAUAAUUAAUUAGUCAUAUUUAGUUGGCAAAAUGCUAACUUGCACCUGCUAGCUUUCUUUCAUCAAAACUCUUUGGGUGAAAUAUUCUUUUAAACAAUUCACUUUUUUCUUUCUUUUUUUUUAGGAUACUCUUGCUGCUUUUCACACACACGCUCAUGUUUGCCUUUAUCUGUUUUGUAAUAAACUCAAUUACGUACAGUG